CCCCAUGUAGCCUGGUGUCUCUUGUUCCUCCUCUCUCUGGUGAUGAAGGUGGUCCUGAGUCCUGGGAGAAAAACACCGUCCAGAAAAGUUACCGACGGGACAGCUUGUGUAUGUGUCUCUACAGUCCCUUUCGUCUCCAAAACAAAACCAUGAAACUCCGGAAUUGACACAAAUGAAGUGAGGGAUUUGACUUGUUCAUCUUCGGGGGUAAAGUUGGUAAAGUAGUUGUUGAGAGAGAGAGAGAGAGAGAGAGAGAGAGAGAGAGAGAGAGAGUGGGGUGAGGAGGCUGGGCUUGGCUGAGCUGGAGUCCUGCCCUGCUGCUGCUGCUGCUGCUAGCAGGCUAGUUAGCAUCAGACACUCCGCUGUCUCCGAGAAGUAAUGAGAGCUUCCCUCCGCUGUUCUCCGGCCUGUGAUUCUCCAGGGGAGAGCUGCUUUAUCUGUGGCAAGAUCGCUGCUGACAUUGCAGCUUCCCCCAAUGGAUCGGAGCAUAGUUGAUGAUCUUAUUUUCUGUGGAAGUUCUGCCUGAAUGUUUCUGCAUUUCUCCUAAAGGCAAACACACCUGUUUUAGAGAACCUCUCUCCCUCCCCUGCUCUGGUCAAUCAUUUUUGUCCCGUGAGCAUCCAUACAAGCUGUACUCGUGCAGUUUUCUCUCAGACAUUCAACAAUUACACCAUCUGAGAUGGGGCCCUGGUAGGUUCUUCAAGGGGCUUGAGGUAUCCCCCUGCCAGCCGACUUCACAGCCUGUCUGUGCGUUCAAGACCCCCCAGCACAGGCCUGUAAAAGGAUACUGCAACAAAAAGACAACCAGUAAUACAGUACUGGCUGAUGGAGCCGAGACACAACGUGCUCAUCCAGAAUAUAUUCAUGAACUCUUGGACUUUUUAAACUGGACUUAAGUGGAUGUAUCGGGUGUAUUCAUGAACUGUGACUGCUGAUGCCGGCUCAUUGGGACUUGAGUGGGUGUAAUCGGCUUUAUUCAUGAACCCUCUGUCUGAGUCUGGGUACAGCCUGGAUGUUGGAUGCCCUGAGUGUGUUGAAUCAGCUGUUGCGGUGAUGAGGCAGGGCUGCUGGUGGCCUGUGUGGCUGGCUGGGCACUGGCCCAAGGUGAUGUGAUGGGGUGCAGGAACAGUAAGGUCCUCCCUGAGCCUCCAGGGGAUGUUCAGUUGGACCUCGUCAAAAAGGUUGAUCCUCCCCAACUUACUCAGACAGAUAUCUAUAAGCACUUCAUACGAGGGGAUGGCACUAGGAGCAAGAUGGGUGGGGCCGGUGGAGGGGGAGGUGACAAGGCCGUCUCCACCUCCCCGUAUCAGGCCCAGGCCCAAGCUGCCACUCCCACUGCUUCUGCCCAGCCCCCUAAGGACCCGUCCGAUCUGUCGGACCCUCAGCGGAAGAAGGUGGCAAAAUACCGAGCCAAGUUUGACCCCCGGGUCACAGCCAAGUACGACGUCAAAGCUCUGAUAGGUCGCGGGAGUUUCAGCCGGGUCGUUCGCGUGGAGCACAAGAGCACGCGGCAGCCGUACGCCAUCAAGAUGAUCGAGACCCGUUACCGGGAGGGGAGGGAGGUGUGCGAGUCGGAGCUGUGUGUUCUGCGACGCGUCCGUCAUACCAAUAUAAUCCAGCUGAUGGAGGUCUUUGAGACGGCAGAACGUGUCUACAUGGUGAUGGAGCUAGCCACCGGAGGAGAGCUCUUCGACCGGAUCAUUGCUCGCGGCUCCUUCACAGAGCGGGACGCCACGCGGGUGCUGCAGAUGGUGCUGGACGGCGUCAAGUACCUCCACACUUUAGGGAUCACCCACCGAGACCUGAAGCCGGAGAACCUUCUCUACUACCACCCCGGAGCCGAUUCCAAGAUCAUCAUCACCGACUUCGGUUUGGCCAGUAGCAGGAAGAAGGGAGACGAGUGUCUGAUGAAGACCACCUGCGGCACACCGGAGUACAUCGCCCCUGAGAUCCUGGUGAGGAAGCCCUACACGAACGCUGUAGAUAUGUGGGCGCUGGGGGUGAUAUCUUACAUCCUGCUGAGCGGAACCAUGCCAUUCGAGGACGACAACCGCAUGAGGCUCUACCGGCAGAUCCUCAAGGGGAAGUACAGCUUCUCUGGAGAGCCGUGGCCCAGCGUGUCCAACCUGGCCAAAGACUUUGUGGAGCGGAUCCUGACGGUGGACCCCAGCGAGCGGCUCACGGCCGGCCAGGCCCUCAAGCACCCCUGGGUCGUCAGCAUGGCCGCCUCCUCCUCCAUGAAGAACCUUCAGCGCUGCAUAUCUCAGAACCUCCUGAAGCGGGCGUCCUCGCGCUGCCACAGCACCAAGUCGGCCCAGUCCACUCGCUCCAGCCGCUCCACCAAAUCCAACAAAGCGCGGCGUGUGCGAGAGAAGGAGCUGCGUGAGCUGAACCGUCGCUACCAGCAGCAGUACAAUGGCUGAACCAUGGGACCGUGACGGGACUUUUUGGGGGAAACGGCACUACAAUGACUGAACUUUCACAACGACUACCACCAUUCAAAGUUGCUGCCAGUGUUAGAGGCCAAAACGGCUUCAAGUCCCAAAUCAUUGCCUUAAAAAUGACUUAAAUGACUAAAAGUAGAAUUAAGGUUGGGAAGUAACUGCUGCCAGUUGACAAUUCCUCUGGCGGUGUGUCUCCUGAUGAGCACAGAAAAAGGACACACCAGUAAAGUUUUGAACUCCAAGGGUGACAUCAUCUCUCCAUCCAUUCCUUCACUUUCUCUCUGGCAGGAUGGUGCCUUCCACUCCUUUGCUUUUUGUUCUUUCAAUCCCUGUGUCUCUACAUAUUUAUUUAUUAUUGUUGACAUGAUUAUUAGUCUCCAUUCAAGUGGUCACUGGAUAAUGACCUUCCACGAGGAUCUGUUGAACAGAGUUCUGGUUACUGAAGUUUCUGAGAAGAAAGGGAUACUUUUAGAAGAGGGGAAAACAAAAGUCCCCUUACUCAUUCCUGAUUGAAAAAUUGCUGUGAAUUUAUUAUUGUACUAAUUGUACAGACCUUGUGUUAAGAUGUGGCUAAUGCAAGCACACUGCAACAGAACCACACCCAUGAAGGUCAAAAUGAAGGGCGUAUUUUUUUUUUUUAUUAGUCAAUUGUAAGCUUAUCUAAUCUUGCCAUUAUUGCUCUGUUACUAUCAUUUGUUCUAAAGCUGUCAAAGAUUGUGAAGCUGUUUUGUGUUAAAUCUUCAAUGUAUUGUUUUUAGACAAUAGACCACACAGCCCCACUCCCAAUGAUGACGCAAUCAUGAAGUACCUGCUAUGAUCCCUUCGUGUUGAAGAGCAGUAUUAUAAUAACUCACUGUCUUUAUCUGAGAAUCUGACCAUUUAGGUUGUUGUGUGGUUUUCCAGUUUCAUCGUUGGUUACAGUGAGAAUGGCACAUGCAACGAUGAAGGCAAAGAUCUCUGCUGCCGGUUGCACCAGCUCUUUGUACGUUCAAACUUAGCCUGGUUAUAACACAAGUGGAGAUGAGCACAUCACUAAAUGAAAGCACGUGACAAAAAAAGUGUUACUAAAUAUUUACUACAACCUGUUCUGUAGCUGACUAAACCCACUGACAAAGCUAACGUUAGCUUGCUAAUAUUGACCCUUGAUCAAAAUAAAAAAAAAUACUUAAUGUACCUUAAAUUACCAAAUGUUAUGCCUAAAACGAACAUUUUAGCUUGGUUAGCA